AUGGGAUUAGACAGAUCAUACCUCGAGACUUCUGUAUGGAAGCCGGACCUUUUCAAGGGCAAAGUUGUUUUCACCACUGGUGGAGCCGGCACAAUUUGUCGUGCUCAAACGGAGGUAUUGAUCCUCUUAGGAGCUGACGCUGCAAUUGUGGGUAGAAACAAGGCCAAUACCGAUAAAGCUGCGGCAGAGAUGGCUCAAUUGCGCCCAGGCGCCAAGGUGAUCAGCUGUGCUGAAACCGAUGUCAGACAAGUGCAGUCUCUUGUGAAGGCAGUGGAGAAGACGGUCAGAGAGUUGGGUAAGAUCGAUUUUGUGAUCGCUGGAGCAGCAGGAAACUUCCUCUGUGACUUCAACCAUUUGUCCACGAAUGCUUUUGCUACGGUUGUUGGAAUUGAUUUGCUCGGCUCCUACAAUACCGUCAAGGCAUGCUUUGACCAGUUGAGAAAGAACAAAGGACAAAUUCUUUUCGUCAGUGCGACUUUGCACUACUAUGGUAUUCCAUUCCAGGCGCAUGUUGGUGCAGCCAAGGCUGGUGUUGACGCCUUGUCCAACGCCUUGGCAGUUGAGUUGGGUCCUUUGGGUAUCAGAGUGAACUGUGUUUCGCCUGGGCCUAUUGCAGAAACCGAAGGCUUUAAGCGUUUGGUGAGAGAGGAAAAAGGAUACGAUAAGACUAUUCCUAUUCAAAGGUACGGAAGCGUCAGAGACAUUGCCGACGCUACCGUGUACUUGUUCUCUCCAGCCGCCGACUACGUGACUGGUACCGUUCAGGUGGUGGACGGAGGCUCAUGGCACAUGGGGUCCAGAGGGUCUCAUCACUUGUAUCCACACGAGGUUGCCAGAUUGAACGCGGAGCAACUUAGUAAACUUUAG